AUGGUAACCUAUGGGACAGCAUGCGCACCUUUUCUAGCCACAAGAGUUCUACAACAGUUGGCUGACGACGAGCAAGACAACUUUCCCCGAGCUACCGAAGUACUGCGAAAGGAUUUCUAUGUAGACGACCUUUUCUCCGGAGCAGACAGCGAAGAAGAAGCCAUCGAACUUCGAGAACAGCUCGACACUCUUCUUUCCAAGGGAGGAUUUACCCUACGCAAAUGGGCCUCCAACAUUCCUGCAGUUCUCCAUGAUGUCUCUCCCGAUAAUCGAGCACUACAACCAUCUGUAGAUUUCGAUCGUGACCAAUGCAUAAAGACGCUGGGACUGCAUUGGGAACCCUCUACCGAUUGCCUCCGCUAUCGUAUUUGUCUCUCCCCCGACCCUGUAGAAGCUACCAUCACCAAACGAACAGUUCUCUCUAAAAUUGCACGACUUUUCGAUCCGAUUGGAUUAGUCGGACCUGUGGUAACAUCGGCAAAACUCUUUAUGCAAGAGCUGUGGAAGCUGAAAAACAACAACGGUGAAGUCUGGGGCUGGGACGAGGAAUUACCAGCAGCGAUCAAGGAGCGUUGGCUGGCGUACUGUGAACAACUACCUCGGCUUAAUGACCUGCGAAUCGAGCGAUGGGUCAUCUGUUCUACACCGACGUCGAUCCAACUGCAUUUCUUUUCAGACGCUUCAAAGAAUGCAUAUGGUGCAUGCUGUCAUAUUCGUUCAGCAAACUCUUCCGGCACCAUAAAGGUCGCACUACUAACAGCACGAUCUAGAGUAGCACCUCUUAAGCAGCAAAGCAUCCCCCGCUUGGAGUUGUGCGGAGCCCUGCUCGCAACAGAACUGUUCCAGAAGGUCAGAGCAUCACUGAACCAUACCGGCGAAGUCUACUUUUGGGUGGACUCAACAAUCGUGCUCAGCUGGCUGAAAGCACCACCUACAACUUGGGUCAAAUUCGUCGCCAACCGCGUCUCAAAAAUACAACAAGCUACUCAGCACUGUGCUUGGAAUCAUGUCGUUAGUCAACUCAACCCAGCGGACUGCAUUUCCCGAGGAACAGAGGCGGAAACCAUCCUGCACAACGACCUGUGGUGGCGCGGACCACCAUGGCUGCAUCUCGAACCCUCUUCAUGGCCCAACCAGCUGACGAGCAACAUUACAAACGAAAUUGCGCUUCCCGAAGCACGCAAACUACCACUGGCAGCGACUGCAAUAACCACCGAGCCUUCGUUCGUCGAUGCACUAGUGAGCAAGUUUUCGAACUACUUCCGUCUUCUACGCGUCGUCGCAUAUUGUCGCCGGUUCAUACGGAACUGCAAGCCAUCUGCACAAACAACACAUUCCUUCCUCAGCUCAGAAGAACUUGGAGAAGCCGAAGCUACCGUCAUCCGAUUGGUCCAGCAACAGUCCUACAACGAAGAAUGGAAAACUCUACAAAAAUUACAACCAGUUUCGCUCAAAUCCAAACUCCGUUGGUUUCAACCCUUUAUCGCCAGCGAUCAACUAAUGAGAAUCGGCGGCCGCCUAAAUCAAGCCCCUCAACCUUUCGAUAGUAAGCACCAAAUUAUCUUGCCAGCAAAGCACGGUUUGUCCACUCUUCUACUUCGUUCGCUGCAUGAAAAGCAUCUGCACGCCGCCCCUCAGCUUCUGGUCAAUAUCCUCCGCCACAGGGGCCAGAAACCUGGCAAAAACUAUCGUCCAGAAUUGCGUCACCUGUGUAAGAGCCCGUCCAAAACUGCUGCAGCAGUUUAUGUCAGAGCUACCUGCCUCACGAGUUACAGCAAGCAGACCAUUUUCCAUCACCGGCAUCGAUUACUGGGGUCCAAUUUCACUCCAACCCCCACACCGUCGCGCCGCUCCCAGAAAGGCUUACGUCGCAAUGUUUGUUUGUUUGCAUCCCACGGCAUCCGAUGGCGCUUCAACCCUCCCAAGGCAUCACACUUUGGUGGUCUGUGGGAGGCAGCAAUCCAAUCCGCGCAGAAGCAUUUUGUGCGGGUUCUUGGCACUAGCACACUCGCUCACGACGACAUGGAGACGCUGUUGUCGCAGAUAGAAUGCUGCUUAAACUCACGCCCGAUUACCCCUCUGAGCGACGAUCCGACAGAUUACGACGUGCUUACUCCUGGACACUUUUUGAUCGGGUCUGCGCUCAAAUCUGUUCCAGACGUUGAUGUCUCCGAAAUCCCAAGCAACCGAUUAGCCAAGUGGCAGCAAAUCCAGAAGAACUUCCAAAUCAUCUGGAAGAGGUGGCACUUGGAGUACUUAGCCACCUUGCAACCGAGAACGAAGUGGUGCAAUCCGCCAAUCGUAUUGGAGAAGGGUCAACUAGUCCUCCUUAUGGACGAAAAAACUCCGCCUAUGGCCUGGCCAACAGCGAGGAUCGUAGAAUUACAUCCUGGAGCAGACGGAAACACACGGGUGGUCACUCUCCGCACCGCCCACGGCACCUACACUCGCCCCGUUAGCAAGAUUUGCUUACUACCGAUUCCAUCAUCCAUCGAGAAAUCAACAAAACAAACCAUUCGUCCAGAAGCAGAAUCAAAACACCAACAAUAA